AGAAACUGCCAGCUUGGAAGAGCAGUUGCAAGGAUGGGGAGAAGUGAUUUUGAUGACGGAUAAAGUUCUUCGCUGGGAGAGAGCCUGGUUUCCUCUGGCACUGAUGAGUGUUGUUUCCUUUUCUUUUCUGAUGAUCUACUACUUGGACCCAUCAGUUCUUUCAGGCGUCUCCUGUUUCGUUAUGUUCCUCUGUUUGGCUGAUUAUCUUGUUCCUGCUCUUGCACCUAGGAUCUUUGGCUCUAAUAAAUGGACUACGGAGCAGCAGCAGAGAUUUCAUGAGAUUUGCAGCAAUCUGGUAAAGUCUCGUCGCCGAAUUGUUGGCUGGUGGAAACGUCUCUUCACGCUGAAGGAGGAGAAGCCUAAGAUGUACUUCAUGACCAUGCUCUUCUCGCUUGCUGUGAUUGCCUGGAUUGGACAGCAAGUUCACAAUCUCUUUCUGACCUACCUUAUCGUAAGUUUCUUGUUGCUGUUUCCUGGACUAAACCAGCAUGGCAUCAUUACGAAGUAUGUUGGAAUGGCUAAAAGGGAGAUAAACAAACUUCUCAAGCACAAGGAGAAGAAAAAUGAAUGAAGACUUAACUGCUGUUCACUCUUGUAAAAGGUUUCCAUGGGAACAGUUUUGAGAAUUAACGUGUAAUUAAGACAGUAGAAGUUGUAUUGCUCACUGGCCUUUUUUUUUAAUUAUUAAUUGGCUCUCUGAUGAAGUGAAAAUGUCACUCUAGCAACUGCUGUGGGUUUGUGUCUCUCAUGCUGUGCUGACCAGGCUUCUGCAGCUGAUCUCAUGUGAAAGAUCCUGACCUCUGUGCAGAGCUCGUUAAGUGUCUUCACCGAACUAAGAGGCC